UUGCUUCAAUUCUUUUUGUUCGCAGGUCGAUUUUGGGUCGAUUCGCAAUCUUUAUUGUCUGCAAGCAACAAGAGAAACGACUCGAUAAGAUCCGGGUACCUCGGACUGUAACUGUAGAUCCCUUGUUCCAAUGGGAAGGGAAAUCCUCGAUGUUGUCCUCAGGUAAUUACCUUCAACUUGAACGCGGAGUCGAAUUGUGUGCUGGGCCCGGCACCAUAACUGAGUCUGCUCGUCACAUUCUGCUGGAUAUCAGGCGCUCGGUCCCUCUAAUAAGCCUUUCACAUUUACAUUACAUAUGCCUCCUUAGCCAUCAUCAAGCAUCAAGAGGAACAGUCUCAAGAAUAAUUUAUCCCAAAGUCUUGAGACCCCUUGAUGCAAUGACACCAUCAAAGCUGGUGGAUGGAAUGAGUCAGGACGACAUUAACUGCUGUUCCAACGGGCGCAAUGAAGGACACAGGACAGUAGGAAUGUUAUCCGAUGUCUUUUCUAUUGAAGGUUCUUCACUCUACUUGAAUCACAGAAUCCCGCUGUCAUAACAUGACUGAUGGUGUUGCACACGGGGUGCAGAAUGUGGAAUUUGCGACAUUCCAGACGUCCAUUACGCCCUUCCUAACACAUAUAUUAAGGAAGAUGCAAUAUCGACUGAAAACCAGUUCUGAGUGCAGCCCAUCAUGGCCCCCAAUUCUUCUGCUGUUCAUGGAGAAGAUUAUGUCUGGAUCACCUUGCCGAACCUCCUUGCUUUUGCUUUCAACUGGUGCCUCCUUGGUGGACUGAUUGUUCAACUGUAUACGUAUCACAUCUCAUUCCGGGACCGAUUGUGGUUCAAGAUCCUGGUUUACAGUGUCUUUAUUCUCGAUUUGGCUCAAACCUGCUCAGCGACAUACGACGUAACACAAUGGUUCGUGUAUGGUUGGGGUGACCCAAGUGUUAUUAAGGGAAGAUACACGACGUUUCUCAACGUACCACUCUUCACGAGUAUCAUUGGAGCUGCUGUUCAGAUAUUCUACGGAUGGAGGAUAUGGUCCUUUUCCAAGUCAAACAUUUUGUUCGGGUUCAUUAUCUCGAUGGCUUUGACCCAGUUAGGUGGUUCUAUAGCCACCGCAUACUUCCUCUUUCCACGCGAAGUGAGAAUCUUCGAGGCCAACAUUCGUCAAUCAGUCGGAGUGCGGCUUGGUACCUCCGCUGCCGUCGACAUCGUGAUCGCGGGUUGCAUGACUUACUUCCUUUUGAAGAGCCGCGUUGAAUUUUCCAUGCGCACCAACGCUGUCUUGACAAAGCUUGUACGACUCACCAUUGAGACGGGAACGAUAACAGCCGCUGCCGCGAUCAUCGAUCUCAUAUUUUACCUCACCCUUAAGAACAACGCUUUACACCAGUUAUCCGGCAUUAACCUGUCAAAACUCUACAGCAACUCUUUACUGAUGUUGUUCAAUAAUCGAAUACAAGUUCAACGUGAUCUUCCGUUGGUUCAGGCAACGACGGCCGAUUUUACAGAUCAGACGUCGCGGCGACAGGAAUGGAAUGACUUUAAUAACCGACAAUCUGGUCCUGCCCUUGAAACGUUUCAAGCAGCCUCGAGAAAGUGGCCAAGUGAAGGGGCCAUUCAUUCAAAUCCAUGAUUGCCGGAAUGGAAUCCUGCAAGGGCUGAAAAACUGGAGAACUGGAAGGUUCGUAGAGGAUCUGUACUAGACCUGUGUGAUAAUGCUAUUUUGUACGGUCUGAUUUCAUAUGUGUUUAACGAAAAAAUAGACAGUAAUGGAUUCAUCGAUGUCGAAGGCAAAAGUCACCGG